AAGAGAAUACAGAACAAUUUUUACAAUUACUAAUUACUAAUUGCUCUCAUCUCUUUCACGUGAACAUAGUGAAAUAAAAGAAAAGAUUCUACCCUCGUGAGAUUCAGAUCGAGAACAUAGAUCGCGUGGAAAAAUAUAAUAAAGGACAAUUAUUAUUUAUUAAUAAAUUUAAUAAAUAUUAGCUAUUAGAAUAUUAGAGCCAAGAUAAAAGAAAACGCAAGUACGUGAGAGAUAAUUCAAGUGUAGCGUUGUAGAGAGUUAAGAACUAUUAAAUUGGAGGACGUCGAGAAUGCCUGGAUUCUCCGAGUCCUUUGAGUGGUCGCGAUCGAUCGACGAAGCGGCGCGAUCGAAAUUGUUCUCGGAGCCACGUCUAUCUCGCGAGAAGGAUUGUCGUUGAAUCAACCUUGCGCGUACGGAGAAAAUUCAAUUCGACCGAUUGAGAUCGAAUGCUGCCACCGUGUGACGGGAGAGCGGAUCCGACGUGUUGAGUGCGGCCAACGCGACACCUGAGCCCCACGAUUCGCGAUACACAACACGACAUCGAAAUGCGCUGCGUGUCGGGAUACGCACUUCUGCUGACGAGUCUGCUGAUGGUGCUAAGAAUUUGCCGAAUAGGCGCGGCUUUGGCGAAGGCGUCAUCAGAAUUUCAGAGCAAAGCACCCGUGAGAUUAGUCUGGGCGGCCGAAGGCGACAAUGUGGAAUUGCCAUGCGACAUCACACCACCGACACCGGGGGAUAGGGUUAACAUGGUUCUCUGGUUCAAGGACAACGCCGGGAUACCGCUCUACAGUUUGGAUGCGAGAAAUAGUAAUUUGACCAGCGCCAUCCACUGGGCGGUCAGCGACGACCUCGGAACACGAAUGUACUUCCAGGUUGGCGACGGCCAGCGGGCGAAAUUAAAGGUCAACGAGGUGACGUUGAAAGACCAGGGUAUCUUCAGGUGCAGAGUGGACUUCGUGGACUCGCCGACGCGAAACUUUCGCGUGAACUUGACUCUAGUUGAGCAGCCAAGUAGACCUGUGAUACACGAUGCUCAAGGACGAGAAGUGACGGGGGUGGGCGGCCCCUUCCUGGAGGGUUAUGAUCUUGCUCUGACGUGUCAAGUGGCUGGAGGAAGGCCUAAACCUUCAGUGACAUGGUGGAAAGAUGGCGAGCUGCUCGAUGGUGUAAUCGACACUCCACCUAUUAACCCACCGAACAAAUUUACAUUGAACCACUUGUUCAUCGAUAAAGUUACCAGAUCAUUGUGGGGAGCGAAGCUCGAAUGCAGAGCUCAAUCUGGACCGAUGGGGAAAUCCAUCGUUCGCGAGGUCCCUCUCGACAUAUAUCUUAAACCGGCGAUCGUGAAGAUCAGUCUGCAGGAGGAUCAGAUCUUCGCUGGUCGUCCGAUAACUGUCAAGUGCGAAACGUGGGGUAGUUCUCCGGCGGCUAGGAUCAUUUGGAGACUCGGCGAACACGUGAUAGGCGAUUCCAACAUAUCAACCACGCAGAGGACUAACUCGACGAUGAGCAGAUUGGCUUUGAUCCUCAGCAAAGAGGACGACGGCAAGGAAUUAAUUUGUCGAGCCGAAAAUCCAAGAUUUCCCGGAGGGGUCCUCGAGGAAGUCAAAACGCUUCAUAUCUCUUAUGCUCCAGUAGUCGUCGCUCGUUUGGCUACCGGUUACGUCUUGGACACUUUGAGAGAAGGCGAUGAUCUCAAGUUGAUCUGCGACGUUCAGAGCAACCCGCCGCCAACGCAAGUGACUUGGUAUCACGAUAAUCAGCGACUGGACCACGACGUGAGUGCCGGAAUUCUGCUGUCUUCUAAUUCAUUGACCCUCCGCGUGCUCACACUCGCACACAUCGGCGGAUAUUUCUGCACGGCCACGAAUACCGUGGGAGAAUCUUAUAGUCCGCCUCUUUUUAUCCACAUGAAAUAUGCACCGAGAUGCAAACAAGGUAAUGAGAGAAGAGAGAUCACCGUCGCUCGAUACGAGACGGUAUUACUCAAGUGCGAAGUGGAGGCAUUACCUGAUGACGUACGAUUUUCGUGGACCUAUAAUGGUACUAUCGGCGAUGUUUUACCUAUACCAAAUUCGAGAAUCGAAAGUAAAGGGCUCAAGAGUAUGCUAGCAUACACUGCUAAUGCCGAGACCGACUAUGGCACGUUGGCCUGUUGGGCGAGCAACAGCAUCGGACGACAAAGAACACCUUGCAUAUUUAACAUCGUACCUGCUAAACCACCGCAGUCGCCAAUGGAUUGUGCAUUGCAUAACGAGACCAGCUUGUUGGAGGUUAAUUGCAUCCCGGGAUCAGACGGUGGAUCACCACAGCACUUUUUGCUCGAAGUACGGGGAUCCCUCAGGAAUUCCGGAAUUGGUCAAAUCGACCCUCACACCCUUCAGACUCCUCAGAGCGAUCAGGGAAUGGUCGGGGAAUUUCCCCUAUAUCAGGACAUAAAUCCGACUCCGAACUUCCAGCUUCACGACCUUGAACCAGGGUACGAUUAUACGGUAUAUGUUUACGCGGUCAACGGACGUGGCAGAAGCGAACCUGCCCUUCUGGAACACGUCAGGGUCGUUGAACCCAUUGGCAGAAAGAUGGAGAGGGGUGGACUUUUUUUGGAAGAUUUGAAAAAGGCGUUGCCGCAAGCCAGCUCCGAGAACAUGAUUAUCGUCAUUGCACUGACAGGUACAGGUGCGGCAGCGUUGGUCCUCGUCGGUAUUGGAGUAAUCAUCGGCAUAGUGGUCUGCAGAAAAAGAUCAAACCCACCCAUUAUAGAAGGCCCAGAUGAUUUCACUACACCGACCUACGUUCCGGCUCAGAGAGUCGAGCCCAGGAUCAGAUACUCUAAUGAAAAUAGGCGAUCUCAAAGAACAAGUCUCUACAUUGAAGAAAAUCGAAAAGAACCGGAUAUAUUGCAACGAGUGGAGCUCGACUUACAAGACUAAGGCCACCUGAUUCUGUACAGUAGAAAUAAUCAAGACGAAGUGCAAUGUAGAAUUCCAUACAUAAAGUUCAAUUGCUCCUCGAGAUUCGCAUAAAUUUCUAAGUUCCGUCUAUCGAAUUUAUAUCACGUCGUAAAACUGGAGGCGGUUAUCGGCUGUAACGAGUAAUCGUCAGCCAUGUAAAUCGCUCAUUUGAUUCGAGGGAUGUUGUCGAUGGAGCGACACAUAGUACUUUUUACGACCAAAUUGGGAAAUCUUCAUUGAUCUUCACGCGCAAAUUGAGGCGGUUACGAAACAUUCUAUUAGUUAUUUACGUUCGUUUUCUGCGGGAUGUAAAAGGUCCGCGGACGAAAUUUCUUUAUGUUAGAUUGUAUAGAGUCUAGGAUUAAAGUAACAUUAAAAUGUACAGCUAUUUUUACAACGUAAGAGGCUAAGGCGUCGGUCUACUACCAUAUACUUGCAAGUAUUAGCGUAUUAACGUCGACCUAAAAACGUGAUCUUAUGUACCUUUGUCGGAUAAUAGUGACUGCUUCAAAAAGAGACAUCAAUUUUAAAACUUGAAAUCUCUAGAGACUUUAAUGUGUGUACUUCAUGAAUAUCGAAUUUUUCCUAUUAGAAAAUGUUGUGCUUACGCAAUAUCAUACUUCGUGUUUUACUAAGCUGUUGUAAUCGAUUUAUAUUUCGGAUAUACUUUUUUUGAAGCAGUCGGUAGUUUAUAAAUUAUUAUUAAUGUUUAAUUUGUAUCUAAGCUUUUAUCAGCGUAAUUCACGCUAUUCCAUACGAUGUAAAUAUUGCAUUCACGCGCAUUAAUUGAUAUACAGAGUAAAAGAAGAAAAUAAAAGUUGUAUUAUUAGUGAUUAAUAAAGCUAAAAAGGCUACUAUAAAA